AUGCAAUUCCUCCUCCUGGCUUUCCUGGUCCUGGGUGCCCUCCUGGCAGUCCGGGGGGCGAAGGGCAGCCAGAGGAGGGCGAGCGAAGGGGUCUUCCGCCGCCGCGCCCACCGGGUUCAGCAGGGGCGCUGCAGUUACACCUUCGUCCUCCCCGAAGCGGAUCCUCCCCCCUGCCAAACCGCCCCCGGCGGAGACCCUCUGGGCAUCAACGCCCUGCAGCGGGAUUCUCCCGGGGACUCUUCCCCCCCGGAGAGCGAUGGGCAGCCCAGCCCGAGAGUCCAGCAGCUGGAGAGGAUUUUGGAAAAUAACACUCAGUGGCUCAUGAAGCUGGAGAACUUCAUCCAGAGGAACAUCAAGACGGAGAUGGCCCACAUCCAGCAGAAUGUGGUACAGAACCAGACGGCGGCCAUAUUGGAGAUUGGCACCAAUCUUUUGAGCCAAACAGCUGAGCAGACACGAAAACUGACCAAUGUGGAAACCCAGGUGCUGAACCAAACCUCGCGCAUUGAAAUACAACUUCUGGAGAAUUCCCUGUCCACCAACAAGCUGGAACGGCAGCUCCUGGUGCAAACCAGCGAGAUUCACAAGCUCCAGGAUCAGAACAGCAUCUUAGAAACCCGAGUCCGGCAGAUGGAAACCAAGCACUUGAAGGAGCUGGAGGACAUUCGGACCGAGAAGGACCACCUCCAGCAGCUGGUGAGUCACCAGAGCAACACCAUCGAAGGUCUGGAGAAGUCCCUUCAUGUCGCCAGCAGUAACGCCAGCCUCCUUCAGCAACAGCAGUUGGAACUCCUGGAAUCGGUCCAGAAUUUGGUCUCGUUAGUCUCCCAAGGAAAAGUUCUUCUGAAAAAAGAAGAGCGGCUUUUCCAGGACUGCAUGGACAUCCUUCAAUCCGGAUUCAACCUCAGUGGGGUUUACACCCUCCACAUCAACAAUCUGACUGAACCCAAAAAGGCCUUUUGUGACAUGGAAACCGACGGAGGAGGCUGGACAGUCAUUCAACGCCGGAUCAAUGGCAGCGUUAGCUUCCAAAAAACCUGGAAAGAGUAUAAACAGGGCUUCGGGGCUGCAGCCGGGGAAUUCUGGCUGGGGAACCAGGCUGUCCAUCUCUUGACCAACCAAGCCACCUACGCCCUACGGGUGGAGCUUCUGGACUGGGAAGGCAACCAGGCUUAUGCCCAGUAUGACAGAGUCCGACUGGCAGGCGAGCGCCAGCGCUACAGGUGA